AUGAGCAACGCUGAGAUAAUUGGUUCUACUAAUCUUAUAAUUCUGCUAGAGGAUGAAAUCUUUGCCGAUUUUUUCAACACAUUUCUUUCUCUUCCGGUUUUUGGUCAAACACCAUUUUACACUGUUGAAAAUUCACAAUGGAGCUUGUGGCCAGAAAUACCUUAUGACUUGGUUGCCAAGUACAAAGGAUUAUUGACGUGGUUGGAAAAAUACAGGUUACCUUUCUUCUGUAAAACAAACUUGUGUUUCCAUUAUAUUCUCUGUCAGGAGCUUAUCAGUUUCAUUAAGUCCCCAGAAGGAGCCAAGAUGAUGCGAUGGAAAAAGGCAGACCAGUGGCUACUCCAGAAGUGCGUUGGCGGGGUCAGGGGGAUGUGGCGCUUCUGCUCCUACCUCAAGGGCAGUGCAGGUGAAGAGUUGGUGGAUUUCUGGAUCCUUGCCGAGAAGAUCCUGAGCAUAGACGAGAUGAACCUGGAAGUGAGAGACUACUACCUGUCCCUCCUUCUCGUGCUGAAGGCCACCCAUCUGCAGGAGGGUUCCAGGGUGGUCACUCUCUGCAACAUGAACAUCAAGUCCCUCCUGAACCUCUCUAUCUGGCAUCCUAACCAGUCAACCACCAGGAGGGAGACCCUGAGCCACAUGCAGAAAGUAGCUCUGUUCAAACUCCAGAGCUAUUGGCUUCCCAACUUUUACACCCACGCCAAGAUGGCCAUGGCCAAGGAGGAAGCGUGCCAAGGUCUGAUGCAGGAAUAUGAGACUCGCCUGUGCAGUAUUUGCUACACCCACGCAGGGGGGCUCCCUCUGAACAUGACCAUCGAUAAGCACCACCACUUUCAGAAGAAGUACUCGAGCAAGAAAGCCAAGAGAAAGAUGUGGCAACUCUCAGAUUCUGUCUCUUGGUCUCUGGACAUGGACUUUGAGCCAGAUACCCACACUAUGGCCCCGCAGAAGAUGUGUCCUCAAGAGAAGGUGGUUGUACAAGUGCCUUCCCUGAAAGUGGCUUCUUCAAAGGAGAGAACAAUCAGUCCCCUGGGAAAGGAUAGUCAUCGUGCCAGGAAGUCCAGCAUGAAGAAGAAGGCCAAGAGUCACCUCCACAUGGAGGGCCUCUUUGAGAGGAAGUUCGCUACCCACCUGAGGACUGCCACCCCCAUCAUCAAUUACUCCUCCCAUCUAAGUAUGAAGAAGAUCAUCAGGCAAAACCUCUCCAUUGGGUAUACCCACUGGGCCUUGUGUGCUGAUGCCUAUGCAGGAAAUCCUUUCCGGAACCACCUGAAGCAGCUGGAUUUGAAAGUGGAGAUCCAACUUCUGGACCUCUGGCAGGACCUGCACCAUUACCUCAGGGUCCUGAUGAAUAACCGGAAGAAUGGGGAUGCCAUAUUUCGUCACAUGCUGGGUAACAGAAUCUGUGAGCUCUACCUGAAUGAGCAGGUUGGUCCAUGCUUACCACUCAAAUCCGAAAUCAUUCAGGGCCUGAAGGAACUGCUGCCUUCUGGGAAUGUGAACCCCUGGAUUCCCAAAGCCCAGAAGGAGAUCUGCCAGAUGCUCAGCCCCUGGUAUGAUGAAUUCCUGAAUGAAGAGGACUACUUGUUUCUCAUUUUUACAACUCAGCACAGGCUCAUCACUGCCAAGUGGCAUAAAAAAGACUCUAUAAGCAACGAAGAGAAUACCCUUCUUUAUAAGAGGGUUCAGAAAUCUCUGGAAUUAAGCCAGGCUUUGGCUAGCAUGGAGGAAAUGGAUUCUAUGCAGUGGCAAAAGAUAGCUACCGAAGACCUGAGACAAGGAGGGUCUCUCCAGGUAGAGCUGUCGCCCCCAGUGUUUCUAGUAGAUCUGAGCAAAAUGCCCUUUGAGGAGCUCUGCUAUAAGAAUCCAAAGAUGGCCAUAGAGAAAAUAAGUGAUGACUACAAAACGUAUUGUGAGAAAGCACCCAAAAUGGAUUUUACAGUAAAAUUUAUCAAGGAACCAAAGAUACAUGUACCACCAACACAAAGGAAAUUGUGCUUCAAAAGAACUGGUUUAACAAAGCCCUCAAUUAGACCCAGAAACUUGACAGAAGUCCUCCUAAAUACACAGCACUUGGAGUACUUCAAGGAGUUCCUCAAAGAACGGAAGGCUGAAAGCCCAUUGCAAUUCCUGAUAGCCGCACACAAGAUCAGCAUGGAAACCAAUGAGAAGACUUAUAAGUCUCUUAUGGAAAAUGUAAUGAAGACUUUCUUCCACAGCAAACUCUCUCCUGAAGAAAUACUGCAGUGUGAUGCCCCUAUGGUCAAAGAAACCGCUCGCAUGCGUCAUAUCACCACGACCAUGUUGUUAAUGCUCCAGGGCUAUGUCAUGAGGUCGGUGGAAGAAAAGUGGUUUAAAGAUUACCAAGAACUGUUUCCACCUUGCUCUCAGGAGUUGGAACCUCAAAUACCAACUUCACCUAGGAAGCCCUCCAAGACAGUAGCAGUUCACCUACAUGACUCCCAGAAGAGGGGCUGGCUGAAAAUAGUCAGCUUUAUCAAGAGCUUUUGCAAGUACCGCAGAUUUAUGUUGAAUCCUAGUAAACGCCAGGAAUUUGAAAACUAUCUUCACCUGGAAAUGCACAAUAAAGAAAAUUUCUCCACUUCGCCAUCUAACAUUUCAGGACGCCCAGCCUCAACUUCCGCAAAUGUCCGGAGUGCAGAACAAGAGAAUGGAGACAUAACCCUUAUAAAGCGCCGUAUAUUUGCCCACAGGGUUAUCAUCAUUAACUUUGCAGUCAAUGAUAUAAAUUUCUUUUCUGAAAUGGAGAAGUUUAAUGAGUUGGUGAGUUCAGCUCACAUGCUGCAGGUCAACCGAGCAUACAACAAGAAUGAUGUGAUCCUCAUGCGGUCCAAAAUUAACAUUAUUGUAAAGCUCUACCUGCAUUCUGACAUCCCGCCAAAGUUGAGGGUGAAUAUCCCUGAGUCCCAGAAGGAUGCCAUCCUUGCUGCCAUCACAGAGGGCCAUCUGGAUCGGAGCAUCUUCCAUGGGUCUAUCAUGACUAUCUUCCCCACCAUCAUGUACUUCUGGAAAAGGUUUUGUUCCUGGAAGGCAACCCGCUCUUACUUACAGUACAGGGGGAAGAAGUUCAAGGAGAAAAUAAGUCCUCCCAAGACGACGUACAAGUACCCUCAUUCUACUGCAGGAGACCAGGCCAUCUUAAGGUUCACCUUGGUCAGAGGUGUUGAGUGGUUGUUGCCUCAACAGCGGGAAGGAGGGACAACUCCAAUCCCAAAUUCUUCAUCAAGCAACCUUACCCAGCCAAGAGGUGUGCUAUCUAGUGUGCAGCUGUAUCCUGUCCAGGGGCAAAAAGUACCCACCAACAAAAAGGAGAAGUAAUCAAGUCAGGCCCCCAACAGAGGCAAAUCAUCCCUCAGAAGCCUCCUAACACUGACAGAACUUUCUCUGGAACCCGCUCAGACCAGAGUGACGGAAAGAGGCGGAGGAAAGCACAAAGAGCGAGAGACUGACACCUGCCUUCGCCUUCAGAAGAGCCUGUUCAGACGUGUGUCCGGGAGUGAUGCGCAGUCUCGCCUCUU